AGAAGGUCGGGGCGAACACAUGACGAAAUUCGCCUGCCAAAAAAUUUGACGACGACGGAACAGCAUCUCUCGACACCACACCCCGUCGGCGUACGGGAAUCUCAACAUAAUGUGGAAGACAGCGAGGGACUCGGUGUGCCUCAUCUGCCGCUCGGCCGCAACGACAACCACAUCGACAUCAGCAAGAGCAAGCCUCGAACCAUGGGCCGGCCAGAGAACGUUUUCGACACGGCGCGAGCAGCGCCCUUCGCGCAUGGUGUUGUCCGAUCGUGUUGCCCGACCACCGCCAGUACGGGGCCCCGGCGAGGGCAACAAGAAGCCUCGGAACAAACCUGAUGGGCCCUGGGCGGGCAUGAACCGACGAGUUGCAAACAUCGACCCGCGCAAAGCACCCAAACCGAAACCGGUAGAGGAGGACAGCAGGAGAGACAAAAGGGACAAGAAUACCAAGGGACAAAAGGCACUGAAGAUGCAACGCGCGCUCGCAACCAUCAGCUACGGACAAAGAACAAGCAUCAAGGAACGGAUGCAGGAAAUCCAGGCUUUUGACCAGUUCGACCUGCUGCCGGUGGUGAAGGAGGCUAUUGCGCAGGAGGCACUCAAAGGCAUGACGGAGAUCAAGCCCACGCCCGUACAGAGAUUGGCUAUCCCGGCUCUGCUAGGGCAGCCGAUGGGAAGGAAGCCAAGGCGACCAAAAUCGGACAACGGCAGGGAGGAGUUCCUUUUGGCUGCCGAGACGGGAUCUGGCAAGACGUUGGCAUAUCUGGUUCCCGCGGUCAACGCUAUAAAGAAGGGCGAUGCUGAUGAUGAGUUGGUCGCCUCAUACAACGAGCGUCUGGCGGCUGAGAAGGAACGACGUGGAGGGGCCCCGGUGUCCGAGUGGAUUGAGAAGUUCGAGCCUCACCCCAACACAGCUCGGCCUCGUGUGGUUGUCCUGGUGCCUACGGCCGAGCUGGUCGACCAGGUCACCAGCGUUGCCAAGAAGCUCGCUCACUACACCAAAUUCAAGGUACGACCUCUGUCCGCCAGCAUCAGCCCGCUCAGGAACCAGCGCAACCUGUACAGCCCCAUCGGCGUGGACAUGAUCGUUUCGACCCCUCACCUGCUCGCCACCAUCGCCAAGUCGGAUCCCAACGUUUUGUCCCGCGUGAGCCACCUCGUCAUUGAUGAGGCCGACUCCCUGCUCGACCGCAGUUUCUCGGGCGACACCACCAGCAUCGUGGACCGCGCCAUGCCCUCGCUCAAGCAGCUCAUCCUCUGCUCGGCCACCAUCCCUCGCCGCCUGGACACCUACAUGGAGGAGCAAUUCCCCUACAUCAACCGCAUCACCACUCCCAACUUGCACGCCAUUCCCCGCCGUGUCCAGCUCGGCGUGAUCGACGUGUCCAAGGACCCGUACCGCAACAACAAGAUGCUCGCCUGCGCCGACGCCAUCUGGUCCAUCGGCAAGGAGGCCGCCAAGCACGAGGGCCCCAGGAGCGAGAUCGACGUUAAGCGCAUCAUGGUCUUUGUCAACGAGCGCGAGACCACCCAGCAGGUGGCCGAUUACCUUGUGUCCAAGGGCAUCGACGCCAUCGCUCUUCACCGUGACACGGAGGAGCACCGCAAGUCGGAGAUGCUGGCUUCUUUUACGUCGAACGAGCCAAUGAAGAUCAGCAGGCCUGCUGAGGAUGCUGCCGCUGCUGCUGAAGGAGGCAAAGCCGGUGGUGCCGUGAGCAGCAGCCCUACCAGGAGGCAUCUGCCGAAUACCAAGGUCAUUGUGGCGACGGAUCUGGCGUCUAGAGGUAUCGAUACCCUCGCCGUGCGCUAUGUGGUGUUGUACGAUGUGCCGCAUACGACUAUCGACUUCAUCCACAGGCUGGGCCGCGCUGGUCGCAUGAACCGUCGUGGUAGGGGUAUCGUGUUGGUAGGUAAGGAUGAUAGGAGGGAUGUCGUUGCUGAGGUUAAGGAGAGUAUGUUUAUGGGUCAGGCCCUUGUUUAGAAGGCCGGUGUAUAAACACCAUGAUGGGAAUUAUCUAAACUAUUGUCUGGAGUGCAAGCGUCUUAAGGCACACCAGAAACGGACGGAAACCUGGAGGUACUAGAAGGGAAAGUAAGCAUUC